AUGAAGAUGGUAGAAAUCGCCAUGCCCACCAACCUCCACAUUAAACCAACUCUCUCUUUUAAUCCAUCUGUUUCCAUCUCAACUAGGCAUCUAAGAAAGAAACCAAAGGAAACAAAAACAAGGAAACUUGGUUCUGUUUUUGCUACCAGCUCUACUUCUUCUAAUAAAACCAUUGGUGAGGAAUUGUGGCCAAGGAGUGAACCUUUUGGGAAUAAUAAGGAGAAGAGAACAAGCAAGAAAAGGGUUUUCUUUUUGGAUGUGAACCCACUUUGUUAUGCAGGAAGUACACCUAGCUUGCACUCAUUUGGCUAUUGGAUUUCUCUUUUCUUCUCUCAAGUUAGCCUUACUGACCCUGUAAUUGCUGUUCUUGAUGGAGAAGGAGGAAGUGAGCAUCGCAGACAGUUGUUACCUUCAUAUAAAGCACAUAGGAGGAAAUUCUCAAGUGGAUCAUCAGCUCAACAAAAAUAUCCUGCUCGAAGGUCUCAUGUUGUCAUGGAUAUUCUUACAAAAUGCAAUGUUCCAGUUGUGAAAAUUGAAGGCCAUGAGGCAGAUGAUGUUGUUGCGACACUUGCAGGACAAGUUCUGCAAAGAGGAUAUAAAGUGGUUAUUGCCUCUCCUGAUAAAGAUUUCAAGCAGCUUAUUUCUGAAGAUGUACAGAUUGUUUUGCCUAUUGCAGAGUUAAAUAGAUGGUCCUUUUACACCCUAAAGCACUACAUCUCUCAGUAUAGUUGUGAUCCAUGCUCUGAUCUGAGCCUUCGAUGCAUUAUGGGUGAUGAGGUUGAUGGUGUACCUGGGAUACAAAAUGUGGCUCCCGGAUUUGGUCGAAAGACUGCUCUAAAGCUUUUGAAAAAGCAUGGUUCGUUACAAAAUUUACUAGAUGCGGCAGCAGUAAGAACCGUGGGUAAACAAUAUGCACAAGAUGCCCUAACAAAGCAUGCUGAUUACCUGCGAAGGAAUUAUGAAAUUCUUGCACUGAGGAGGGAUGUUGAUGUUGAGCUUGAAGAGGAAUGGCUGGUUGAGAGAGACAAAUGCUAUGAUUCAAUUAUUUUGUCAAACUUCUUCAAGUUUAUCAUUGCCAGACAUCUUGAUAGUCAUGAAGACAACCGUGGCAUGCAUGUUUUGAAUGUAAAAAUUCUAGAAAUGGGAGAAUGCUUAAAGAAAGGGGAAGAGGGAGGGAAAAGAAGAAAGGGUAAAGCAAACAAGGAGCUUAAAAACGAAGACUUUAGCGCAACUGAUAUAGUGGAAGCCACUGCCUCAUAUUCAAGAGGACUGCAGGAGCAUGAUUAUGGAGUAUAG